UAAAAUAGAUUUGCUCUGAACUAAAUACAUGUUUCUGGCAUCUUGAUAAGGUUUACACAAUGAUUUCUACAGGGGGAGGAUGGGUAAAGACACGGUCUGCCCUGGCGAACCUAGAAAAUCUUCUUUCAUGUGGAUCAUGCAACAACACAGUGGAUGACCCUUGCACACUAGGAAGCUGUGAACACUACUUCUGCAGAAAAUGUGCAGAGGCUUUCAAAGGUGAAAAGUGUCCUGUUUGUGACAUGCCAUCCUAUGCAGGAGAAGUCCAGAGUAAUCGCCAGUUGGCAAAUGCUGUUAAACUCUGCAGGAGACUCAACCUAUUGCUCCUUAAAGACAUUAGUCAAGAUAUCAACAACAAAGUUAUAAAUGACACUGUUGAUGUUCUUAUGACAACACUUAAUGAAGCCCUUCCAGCUGACCAUAAGAGUCCAACUGAAGGCACUGAAGCAGAGAACAAUACUGAACUCAAAAGCCCAAUCAAACCUGACCAAUGUGAGGACCUUCCAAGGGAUAAUCCUGAUGAUUCUGCUGACAACACUGAUGACGUUAUGUCAUGUGAUCAGCCUCUUAAUGAUGAAAACAUUUCUGAACAGGAUAUUCAGCGACAAGAAUUAGAGUCUAAACAGACUGUAAAUCAGAAAAAGGAGUUCAAAGUCACUAAAGGGACACCAGUAAAAGAUAGAUCUAAUGAAGAGAAUGUUUCAAAAUCGGUGUUUGAUUUUGUGGCAUCUCCUGAUACAGCAAACCCAGUUGGCCGAAGAACGAGACGGGGAAAAAAGAAAGAUAAAAAGAAACAAGCCGUGGUUCAGUCCAAUAAGCUAUGGGGGAUCAAGGAUGGGGCUGAAAUAACCUGUACACCCCCAGGAGCAGAAAUGAACUUACCCUGUACCAGCUGUAAGAAAAUGAACCCUGCCAGAAAAGUUGCAUUCGAAACACCAAAUAAACGAAAUACCAGACAACAGGCAUGUGAAUGCUCCCAUAGUGCAACUACAGACGAUGCCAAUGUGGACUCAACAGAUGCACCAAACCCAAUAUCUGAUGAGACAAUCGUCAAGCAGCUUGUGAUGAAAACAGAUGCAGACCUUAUGCCUUCACCUAAACCCCUGUCUACUAUCAGUAAGAAAAAGAAAGAUUUGCCCAACUCUGAACAAUCAAAAAAGACAAAGGGAAACAUAAGACAAGCAAAACGGAAGAGUGUAGAAAAUGAAACCCCUGACAUGAAGCGAGUUAAAAGUUUAGUUGCUGAAAAUACAAGCCCACGGACAAGGACUAGAAGUCCCAGGAUAGCUAGUCCUAAAGUGGCUUGUCCCAGGAUUAGGAGUCCUAGGGUUGGAAGUCCUAGUGUAGGGAGUCCUGUCCCAUCAAGUCCAAUUAAUAAGAAGAAUGCUAAGGGAGAAACAGCUCUCCAUGUUGCUUGUAUAAAGGGUCAGAUAGAUAAAGUGAAGAAACUCCUAGAUGAAGGGGCCAAUCCUAACACUAAGGAUCAUGCUGGUUGGACACCAUUGCAUGAGGCUUCCAACCACGGUCAUGUAAAGGUAGUUGAGCUGUUGUUAGACUAUGGGGCUGGGGUAAAUACGACUGGUGGAGAUAAUGACUCGCCACUUCAUGAUGCUGUGCAGAACUAUCGACUUGAGGUUGUCAAGUUGUUGGUUGCCAGGGGAGCCAACCAGGAAUGCAGAAAUAUAUAUGGCAAAACACCACGAGACUUUGCCCAGAAUGAUAUCAUGCAAGAUGCAUUGGCCACACCCAUUUCUGCCAAUCAAUCAGACACACCCACCAAGGCCAUACCCACCCCUCCAGUUGAAGAACAGCCAAAGAGGAUGGUUCUUUUAGGAACUGGGUUAAAGAGAGAGCAAAAAACUAAAUUACAGAAAUUAGCAGGUUUAUUAAAUGCUGAGCUGAUGAAUGAGUUCUCUUACCAAGUGACACAUGUUGUGACAGAAGUGAAUAAAGAUGGACAUUGUCCACGAACGCUGAAGUUUCUCUCUGCUCUACUAACUGGAAAAUGGAUUGUUAACUUUGAAUGGGUUGCCAAUUGUGUUGAAUAUCGUCAGCGUGUUAGUGAGGAACCAUUCGAAGUGCCAGGAUGUAGCACGUGCCCAGGGUCACUCGCUCCAAUGACAGCUCGUACAAAUAUGGAACAACAAUUGCCAGGGUUAUUUGAUGGAUGCCAAGUCUACCUUAAGGGGGAGAUGGAGUACCCAACACCUCCCAAAGAUCAACUUAGUAUGCUGAUCAAGUUUGGAGGUGGAAAACUUCUAACACGUGAACCUAAAUUAGAGAACCUUAAUGCUCUUGGUUUGAGGACCCCUUAUCACAGUAAAAAAGAAACAGACAGUAGUGAAUGUUCAGUGUUUAUUGUACAUGAUCCUAAGAGUCUUAAGAAGCCAAUAAGGAGUUCAAAUAUGUGCAGUGUGCCUGCAACUUGGGUUAUGGAUUGUAUUGCAAAAUUUGAGCUUCUUGAUUUUCCAGAAGUUUAGCAUGGACUAUGGAUAAAGGGGUUGUAUAAAAAGUACAAUUUUACUUCAGUGCAUCAUUGAUAUAUUGAGAUGAUCCCUCAGAUUUUGAGUCAACUUGGAAUGGAUAAUAAGGCAUGCAUUGUUAUUGUCAAUAAAGAUGCAUGCAGUAUAAUACAAUGCAUCUUCUUUAAGUGAAUAAUUCAUAUAGCUAGAGUACUUAGAGCUGAUUAAAAGGACCCCGUCUGUUAAUUCAUAACAGUUUGAAA